GUUGCUGCUGCCGCCGCGCACUUCAGCACAAUUCUCUCGUGCUGCUUUAGCCAAUAGCGGAGCCGGCGAGCCCGUCAGGCCCCGCCCCCUCCUGCUCAUAGGCGGCGCCCCGCCCUGGGCUCGCCAUCGCGCCCGCGGAGGUUUGUCCUGAGUGGGGCCCCGUCGCUCCGGCCCAGGGACGCGUCAGUCGGGCAGAGAGGGAGCGGCCGGGUCGGAGCGGAGCCGGCGGUCGGGGACAGCCCGAGGGGACGGAUGGCGACGGCGGCACCGGUGGGAACCACGGCAGCGGCGGCCUACGCCAGCCUGAAGCUGCAUAUAACGCCAGAGAAGUUCUAUGUGGAAGCCUGUGAUGAUGGAGCCGAUGAUGUGCUUGCUAUUGACAGAGUCUCUACAGAAGUCACUCUUACAGUUAAAAAAGAUGUUCCCCCUUCAGCUGUUACAAGGCCUAUAUUUGGUAUUUUGGGAACAAUCCGAUUGGUGGCAGGCACAUAUCUUAUUGUAAUAACAAAGAAGAAAAAAGUAGGUGAGAUUUUCAGUCAUGCAAUCUGGAAAGCAACAGACUUUGACAUCCUCUCCUACAAAAAAACCAUGCUGCACUUAACUGAUAUUCAGUUGCAGGACAAUAAGGUAUUUUUAUCAAUGCUUAAUCAUGUCUUGAGCGUGGACGGAUUUUACUUCUCUACAACCUACGACCUAACACACACCCUUCAACGGCUGGCCAACACGAGCCCAGAGUUCCAGGAGAUGAGCCUUCUAGAGAGGGCAGAUCCGCGGUUUGUAUGGAAUGGACACCUUCUGAGAGAAUUUACUGCUCAACCAGAGAUCCAUAGGUUUGCCACACCAGUGAUGCAUGGAUUUAUCACUAUGCACUCUUGUUCUAUUAAUGGCAAGUGUUUUGACUGGCUGCUUGUUUCCAGAAGAAGCUGUUUCAGGGCUGGUGUACGCUACUAUGUAAGAGGUAUUGAUUCAGAAGGGCACGCUGCUAACUUUGUUGAGACAGAACAAAUUGUGCAUUACAAGGGGAGCAAAGCAUCAUUUGUUCAGACCCGUGGAUCUAUUCCUUUUUUCUGGUCUCAAAGACCAAACCUCAAGUAUAAACCAAAGCCACAGAUCAGCAAGUCAGUAAACCAUAUGGAUGGCUUCCAAAGACAUUUUGACUCACAAAUAAUUAGCUAUGGAAAGCAAAUGAUUGUCAACUUGGUUAACCAAAAAGGCUCUGAGAAGCCUCUUGAGCAAACCUUUUCAAAAAUGGUGAACAGCAUGGCAAAUGGAAUGGUCAGAUACGUGGCGUUUGACUUCCAUAAAGAGUGCAGUCGGAUGAGGUGGGAUCGGCUUCAGAUUUUGAUGGAUCAACUGGCAGACCAGCAAGAUGAGUUCAGUUACUUUCUAGUUGACUCGGAGGGUAAAACUGUGACUCAGCAGGAAGGAACAUUCCGCAGUAACUGCAUGGACUGCCUGGAUCGGACUAACGUGAUCCAGAGCUUGUUAGCACGCAGGUCUCUCCAGGCCCAGCUUCAGAGACUAGGUGUUCUGCAUGUGGGACAGAGAAUUGAAGAGCAGGCAGACUUUGAGAAAAUCUACAAAAAUGCAUGGGCUGAUAAUGCUAAUGCUUGUGCCAAACAAUAUGCUGGAACUGGUGCCUUAAAGACCGAUUACACAAGAACUGGGAAGAGAACUCAGUGGGGCUUAAUAAUGGAUGGCUGGAACUCAUUAAUACGUUACUACAAAAACAACUUUUCUGAUGGAUUUAGACAAGAUGCGAUUGAUCUUUUUCUUGGAAAUUAUUCAGUGGAUGAAGUAGAACCUGCUAGUCCUUUACAUGUCAAGAAAGAUUGGAAGUUCUUAGCUUUGCCUAUUAUUAUGGUGGUUGCUUUCUCCAUGUGCAUUAUUUGUUUGCUAAUGGCUGGUGAUACAUGGACUGAGACACUGGCCUAUGUGCUUUUCUGGGGAAGUGCCAGCUUUGGAACUUUUGCUAUCAUCCUUUACAACGGCAAAGAUUUUGUAGAUGCACCCAAGCUGGUCCAGAAGGAGAAGAUGGACUGAAUUUGUGUGUGUGGAAAGCGGCUUGGUACUGAAGAUUCUUCAAGCCACACUUGGAGUCUCUACUGACCUGCUUUCCACACCAAAAAAUGCUCUUAUGAACAUUCUUCCUUGGCAAUGGGGGAGGGGUCAGGGGUAAGGAAAUGGUGUCCUGUGGUGGUGGUAGCUUUCAACUGAGACCUGACUUGACAGUCUUAGUUGCAAUGGUCUUUGGAAUAUUGCAUUAGUGGACAGGGCUCCACUCUUACUGGGGUAAUGCAAAGACAAAAGCCAGUUUUUUGGCAUCUGGAAUGUUUUGGAGCUUAAGUGGACUGCUGAAGCUCAUGCUCCACCUGGGUUGUUUCAGCCGGUUUUUUGGCCUUGACAGGAGAGAGCUUUGAUGCUGUUCAUGACUCAAAAUACCCAAAUGUUGCAGCAUUAUUAAUGGAACAUCUGAUAGGGAUCUCUGAACAAAUAUGGCUUCUUACCAAUAAAAAGUCUUGGUCCAGACUUACAGCUGGAUUACGUUUGUUGUGAUAAAGUCUGUGUUAAGGAGUCCUUCGUGCAUAUUUGUGUGUGGAUUCUUUUCACUAAAUAUGAAAGAAUUUUGAAUCUUAAUGCUAUUCUGAAAUGAGGUUUUUGUCCUGUCUUGUUUAUCUAGAACUGAUGCAAUAUUCUGCUAAUCAUUGUUUGGGUGAAAGGGCAGUGUAAUUGGAUGUUCCUGAAGUUGCAAAUGUCUUACACUGUUUCAAUAGUACAGUCUCCAUAUGAAAAUCCAGUAGUUAGUGAGUUAAAAUGUAGAAUUUUCUUUCUGAAGAUGUAAACAAAAUCAAAGAAUGUAAAAGUCUUUUGCAGUGUUUAUUUAACCUUCCUUAUGCUAAAGUUCCAAAGUACUUCAUUACUUUAAGAAUGGGUCACAAGAUGAAAGAUGAACUUCAUAUUGUUUUGCUAGUCAGCUGCUUCUAUCCUUGGUUAUGUUGAAAUAAUUUAUGAAAGAAGGAAUAACAGCCUGAAAAGAAAGCAGUAAGUCUAAACUCCAUAUUUCUACUUGGGAGCAGCAGCUUGCUUUUCAUGCAUGAUACUGUAACACACUCUUUUAAGAAAAAAAAAAAAGGACAAAAAAAACCUUGCAGAUUAAUUUGUGCUGGUUCAUGUAUGUCUUUAAAUUUAGUGCUUCCAAGCUGUAUAAAAAUAAGGACCAAUUUUAAACUAUUUUGUCACUUAUUUUAUAUGGUUUAUUCAAAACCAGACAUGGAACUUGCUUAAGGCGCUGUGCAUUGUUUAAUAUUUCCUGUAAGUACAGCUGUAUAUUCAGAUUGCAAGUAUAAAAUUUAAAUGGGGGGAAGGGACAAACAUGUAGAAUACUACUAGGGCUAGCACAGGUGUCAUUAUUGAAGCUAGAACACAAAACACUGAUACUCCAGUGUUCCCUUGUGUCAUGACUGAAAAUAUGUACAGAUUCUUUUUUUUUUUUUUUUUCUUUUUGCAACUGUUCAUUUUAACCUUGAAUGUUUCUGGAGGCCUCUCUGGGUUUUGUGUAAACAUAACCUAUUUAUGAGCACUAGUACUUGCAAGGUAUCUGUUUGCUUCUAGAUGCUGUAAUGGAAAAAUACCAGUUGGUGGCUAACUGGAAAAUCCUCCUAACUUAGAAUUUUCAAAGGUGAACUCCCUCAUGGGCACAAAGUACAAGAACAUCAUAGACUCAAUAUUUGAAAGUAAUGGUUCUGGUGGCUCACUGGCAGGUGGAGUUUGAAACUUGGCUCAGUUGUCUUGCAGCCUAGAACUGAGUUGUUGCAUCUUUGGUGAAGAACUUCUUGCAGCAAAGACCAAACUUGAAUUGCUAAUAUAAAAGGUUUGUAAGACGUAGAAUAAUGUAGGUUUUAGAAGUUGGAAAGCACCUGUGUUUCAGUGCUUUGCAAAGAGUCUGUAUUUCUAAAAUCACAAAUGGUGUACUACUCUUAAAAGACAAUAAAAUGUUCAGCUUUUCUACA